AUGCGGGAGAGGGGCUCCCCAGGCACGGCAACUGCAUCUGCAGCUCGCGGCUCGAGGAUGAAGAAGAGGAGGACCAGCGCAUGGAAGCAAAAUGCCACCUUGCUCGCCGUCUCUCUGGCGGCCCUACGACCGGCUGCCGCGGCGGCGCACGCAUUUCCCUACGUGCCGACGCAGAUUCUCCUGCCGACGGCGUGCGUGAGCGAAGCGACCUGCAGCGGCGCCGACCUGGCCUACGUCUUUUCCCAGGGCGACGACGGGCGCGUGCGGUUUUCCGCCCUGAACUACUCGGCGGACAUGACGGCCGGCGCGCAACCCGCGCCGCUGACGACGGACCUGCCCUUCCUCAAGGACCAGCCGGCGACGACGGCCUUUGGGGCCGCGAGAACGAGCAACGGGUCGGUGGUUGUGUAUUCGGGGGCGUGCGACGGAGCCGCGGGCUCGCUUUGGAGCUUCUCGCGCGAGGCCAACGGCGACGGGGGCGGCGCAUGGUCGAAGCAAACGACAACCCCGGGCCGCUCGCAGCAAGGAUCCCCGCGAGGCCCGUAUUUCCUCGGAGGCACCUUGGCGUUUUCGUCGAAGCUCUCGCCCGCCAUGGACCAGCCGACGGUCUACACGUACGGGGGGAUGUGUCGCGCCCCCGAGGCGAGCGCAGAGACGUGGCAGUCGGAUGCCAACUACACAAAGGCGAUGGUGAGCCUGACGCCGAGCACGCAGGCUGCGGACACGACCUACUCCCUCGGCGUGGCGUCUACGGCUGGUCCUCGAACGCCCAUUGCUGGGUUUACCCUGACGCAGUUGCCGGCUUCCGUGACGAACAUCUCGGGGGCGGUUACGCAGCAGGCCGGCUUUGUGCUGUUGGGCGGCCACUCGCAAAAGGCAUUUAUAAAUAUGAGCACCGCCGCGGUGUGGAAUCUCCCCGAGGAGUCGUGGUCGUACAUCAAUGUCGGGGGGCCGGAUGCUUCGGCGGGAGGCGAAAACGUUGAAAGCCGAUCUGGACACACGGCCGUCUUGACAGAGGAUGGGACGUCGAUUGUCAUCUUGGGAGGAUGGGUUGGCGACGUGAGCAACGCUGCUGAGCCCCAACUUGUUGUCCUGCAGCUCGGCCAGACGUAUAGCUCCUGGAAGUGGAAAGUUCCACGGGAACAGCCCGGCGGAAAGGGGGUGUAUGGGCAUGGAGCAGCCAUGCUACCCGGAAAUGUGAUGAUGGUGUACGGUGGAUGGGAGACGUCUGCUUCUGGCGGGAGCUCCAAGCGUCAAGCUUCGUCUGGGGGCGCGCUGCGCUUCUUCAAUGUCACGUCCAUGUCGUGGUCCGACUCCUAUUCUAACCCUAGGCCGGGCAAAAUACCCACGGGGACAGGAUCACACGAUGCUCCCGGGGCUGGAAGCGACGCCGUACAAUCUAGGAAGCUGGGUCUUGGCUUGGGCCUUGGCUUGGGUCUCGCGCUGCUUUUGGCCCUUCUUGUUCUGGCCUUUUGCAUGUGGAGGAGGCGGUUGAAUAAGAGGCGAGACUCGCGGAGGGACGAAGCCGCCCAGGUCAUGGCGCAAGAUGCGCGGUACUUUUCCCACGAUGCGGAUGAGAUGACGGAACGUGAGGAUGCCUUCUCAUGGCAUGUGGCUGGUCACAGCGGCUACCAAGGGGCAUCGGAGAAAUCGAUGGGCUAUGAAUCUCUUCGAGGGGCGAGGGCGACUCUCGACGAUGGGCAUGGCCGUGCGAUUACGAGAAAGCCAGUCAUGAGCCGGAGCAUGAGAGGAGGCUAUGUGCCCGCAGAGACGCGCUUCAACGCGCUGGCCUCACCGCCGGGCACGAUUCAUCCCAUCCUGGAGGAUGAGGAGGACGAGUAUCACCAGGCGCCGCAACAUGGCACGGAGCCGCUUACACCAACUUCCGAGGAGCACUCGGAUCCGUUUGUGACUCCCACCGCUACCGCUACCGCGGCGUCCGUCCUAUCUCCGCCUAGCAAUCGAUCCUCGACGACGGCUAGUCCCGAAGAGCGCCGCCGGUACGAUGCCGAUGUCCAAGACUGGGUGUGUGAUGUAGAUGCCGCCGACUCGCUGCUGGAGAGAUACAACUCUUCCCGGCAGAGUCGCAGAUCGCCUACGCGAAAGAACUCUACGCGCUCGGCGGCUCUGCGGGAUGAUGAAUCCAGAAGCGGCUCCAACUUGUCAGAGUCGAAUCGCAGCGCGGCGGACAGUCUGCGCCGCUCGCAGUCGAACCGCAAAUCAGGAAGUUUCCUGGGCGGCAUGCUGCUCGGCGGCGAUCAUCCCAAGCCCAGCAGUUCCUCCUCGAGCAGCUACAACACGGCAAAAUCUGGCUUCGGAGCACUGCAGGCCGAAGGGCCGGCCUUGCUGGGACGCACGACACCAUACACCGCCGCGAACGCCCAUGACGACGAGGACUUGACCGCUCCGUCGUCGCCGUCCAAGUCAAAACCCCGGCGAAGCUGGCUUGGGUCCCUCGGCCGUGUGUUCUCCCAAUCAGGCGGUUCGUCGCCAAGAGCAUCGUCGGAAAACUCGGCCAUGAGACCGGAAAUGGAGCAGUACGGCGGCGAUUACGAGCCUCGCGCUGGUCUUCCAGGCGAGCUUCUCAGGAGGAAGCAAGGCCGGUCGGACUGGGAGGACGGCCCCGAAGCCGGCCCCGUUGCUGGAGGAGGCGAGCAGCGCCCCGAAAACGACUGGGACAUUGAGCGGGCCGUGGAGCAGCGCCUGGUACAAGUCAUGUUUACGGUGCCGAAAGAGCGGCUGCGCGUGGUUAACGGCGACGCGGAAUCGCAAACGGACAUGGAGGCGGACGACACACGGCAGAAGGGGGCUCGGUUCAAGGAGACGGACGAGCUGCAGGAGCCCCAGGUUGCCGAGCUGGUUGACCCGGACAAGAACUCGUCCCUGUCGACGGUGGAGCGGGAUGAGAGGGGGAGAGACGACAGGCCGUACUCUGAGGUUGAGGAUCCGGACUUGCUGCAUGUGGACUUUGCUGAGCCGAGGCUGAGCCACUCGACGGACGGCGACUCGGAGAGGAGGUCGUCUGGCGCGGUUUUUACGGCCGAGGCGAUUCGGUUCGAGAGGCCUAGGACCAGGGUGUUGCAGAUGGUUGAUACUAUUGAGAGUCGGAGCCAGUCGAGUAGUCCGACCAGAGGGCAGGGACAUGGGGAGGAGUAG